AUGGGCUAUGGGAUUGUGACCUUCGAUUGGUACGGCUGCGGCGGCAGUGACAAGCCGGACUCUUGGUCAGCCUACUCGUUUGAUGAGCUCCUGGCAGAUCUGAUAGAAGUCUGGAAGUUGGCGGCGGCCUGUGGUACCGGGCCGCACUUCGUCGCUGGUCACUCCUUUGGCACGCACUUGGUGAUUCGCCUCUUGGCUUCUUUGGCUCGCGAAACCGAAAUGAAGCCCAUCUCUGGCUUGGUUCUACUUGGUGGUGCCAGGACGUUUCCGGAAGGUCACCCCAUUUUUCUCCUCCCGGUGUUCCUUCUGAGCCGGCUUCAGCACGGGAUGACGGAGGCUUUCUUAAAAAUGGCACUGGCUGACUCCUGCGACCCAGAUCUGCGGAAGCAGGAGGAAGAUGCUUGCAAUGCGAAUCCGAUGUACAUGUGCAAGGCCUACUACAGGCAGGUGCGAAAUGUCACCGAUGCGGAGCUGAGCACAUGUGUGGACAUGCCCACCUUGGUGAUUCGAGGUGAGAAGGAUGGCAUCAUCUCUGCUGAGGAUUCGAAGGCGCUCGUUGCGGCUCUCCCCAAGUCCAGGGGUGUGGAAGUGGAGGGAGCUGGCCACGCUCCGAUGUUGGAGGCUCCAAGUGAGGUGGCUGAACUUGUUGUGGAGUUUGUCCAGAUGGUCAUGGAAGGAUGA